AUGGUAACCGGUGCCAAUGUUUCCUCAAGUGAGUUUGGUAACCUGCAAAGUGUAGAACUGCUCCCUAAUGGCGAGAACAUUUCUGUGACAAACGGCAACCGAGAGCAGUUUGUUUCACUGUAUGUCAAUCAUCUCCUUGUUAAAUCUGUUGAACGACAGUUCCAAGCCUUUUCACGGGGCUUUCACAAGGUCUGUGGAGGUCAAGUGCUGACCCUAUUCCGUCCUGAUGAACUGGAGCUUCUGAUCUGCGGCUGCCCGGUGAUCGAUUUCUACGAGCUUGAAGUCGCAGCCACCUACGACGAAGGGUACAGCCACACCCAUCCCACCAUUAUCAUGCUCUGGAGGGUGGUCAAUGAAAUGACCGUGGAACAGAAGAAAGCUUUCCUCAUGUUUGUCACGGGAAGUGACAGAGUGCCUCUUAAGGGCCUGGUGCACUUGACGUUUAUCGUUCAACGCCACGGCGAAGACUCCGACAGGCUUCCGACAGCGUUAACCUGUUUUAACAGGCUUCUGUUGCCCGAGUACAGUAACAGGGAGAAGCUGAAGGAGCGGCUCAUUGUCGCCAUUGAAAAUUGCAAAGGCUUUGGGCUUACUUAACUUUCACGCGUAUGGAGCAAGUCCCUGGGGGGAAAAACGCGCUAUUAGCCAAUCAGAGUGAAGCAGCAGCGGGUAACCGUUGAAAACGUGUGACCGUCAUUUUGCGCGGGAAAACAUAACCAUGGUAACCGGUGCCAAUGUACUAAACGCGGAGGAAAUCGAAAAAUACGCGCGCAUUGGUUUAGGAGCUAUUGACGAAAGAAAACAUAUUAUCUCAGCUGACUGGCUAAAAAAAGUUUCAAUGAGGUCAAAGUUCAGCGAGUGCCGUCAUUUUGUACUCUUUGGAGAUGAAUGUCUUGCAGAAUCUGAAAUACUUUCAGUGUUUGCCCGAGGCCCUGACAACGGCUGUGGAAACACUGAAAUACCUUAACUUUAAAUACCUUAACUGAAACCCUUGGAUAUUUCGUAAAAUAUACGGGUUUUUUUUUACUGGCCCGAUCAUAAUCUAAUGGAAGUUGUCAAACGGUGGUUUCGUAGAAAUGUGAGAAAUAUUGCGAAAUUGCGAAAUAUUCCGACAAUCGGUAUGCAAUGUUUGUACCAGGUAAAGUUUUUAUUGAUCAUGAGAAGAUUUUUUAAAGUUCCAAUGUUAGUAUUGUUGGCCAAAAUCAUUCACAACAUUUUUAAUAUCCAAUUCUGAGUGAUUCAAUAACGCCAGGUCACUUUAAAGUUUGUAAUUGGCUGCCUCGAAAUUUUUAAUAUAUUUGUCACUGUUGUAUAUAUGUUGUACAGAUUAAAAGUUAUCUUUACUGAAAGGUAUUUAUAAAGUGUUUGGAGAGUGCUACUUGGAGUGCCCUUCAGUCCGGCUUUGAUUGUACCAGCGUUUAACAAAGUCGGACAUAAAUGUCCAGUACUGGCCAUGAAAUCC